GCUGGAGGAGUCCCAGCGUAAAAAAGGUCCGGGAGAAGUGUCAGCGGCCGCGAGUGGGACUCUGCAGCGCAUUCUUUCCGUGCCAGCGGCUGUCCCCGCGGCUGGGCGGGCUAGGGCAGGGGAAAUGUUGCAGGAGGAGUCCGACCUGUCUCUUAUCAUUGCCCAGAUAGUCCAGAAACUCAAGGGCUCCAAUUUGUACGCUCAGCUGGAACGGCAGGCCUGGGCCUGCCUUCAGAGACCCGAGAUCAGACUUGAGUCACUCAAAGAAGAUAUUAAGGAAUUCUUUAAAAUAUCAGGUUGGGAGAAGAAACUUCAGAAUGCUGUUUAUAGUGAACUGAAUGUGUAUCCUUUGCCCAGUCAUCCUUCUGCACCUCCUGAGCAUCUCAAAGAGCCUUUGGUGUACAUGAGGAAGGCACAGGGAAGUUGGGAAAAAAGAAUCUUGAAGAGUUUAAAUAGUAUGUGCACUGAACUGAGUAUCCCAUUGGCACGAAAGAGACCAGUUGGAGAACAGAAAGAACUUCUCAAUAAAUGGAAUGAAAUGGGAACUGAUGAGCCAGAUUUAAGCCUUUUUCGACCUGUUUAUGCACCUAAGGACUUUCUUGAGGUAUUAAUUAAUCUCCGCAACCCAAAUUAUGAAAAUGGUGACUCGCUUAGUUUUAGGACUCAUUUGGGUUUAAUCCAAGUUCCUCUGAAAGUAAAAGACAUCCCUGAACUGAAAGAAUGCUUUGUAGAACUUGGCUUAAAUACAGGACAACUGGGUAUAGAUGAUUCUACACAAGUGCCUCCUGAACUUUUUGAAAAUGAGCAUGUGCGUAUUGGGCAAAAAGUUCUAGUGCAGCAGGAUAGCGCUGCUGCCCAGCAGUACAUCCGACAAGGAAGUCCCACGGCACUGAGAGCUGAGCUCUGGGCGCUCAUUUUGAAUAUCUCCAGUCAACCCGAGGACAUCCUGUAUUAUGAGCAACUUAAGACCAAUGUGAUACAGCAUGACCUUUUGGUGGACAGUCUAAUUUAUAAAGAUGUGAAGCUGACAGCAAGCAACGAUGAUUACUAUUUUGUAUUUGAAGAUUAUUUAUAUCAGGUAUUACUUUGUUUUUCACGGGAUACGUCUGUACUGGGUCACUUUGCAUACAACAGUGCUUCACCGCCGAAAUCGUACAUCAGAGGAAAGCUAGGAUUAGAAGAAUACGCUGUCUUUUAUCCACCAAACGGUGUAAUCCCUUUCCAUGGAUUUUCCAUGUAUGUUGCUCCACUGUGUUUUCUGUAUCAUGAACCUUACAAAUUGUAUCAGAUAUUCCGGGAGAUGUACGUCCGCUUUUUCUUCCGACUCCACUCCAUCUCCUCACACCCUUCUGGUAUCGUGUCGCUGUGUUUGCUGUUUGAAACCCUUCUUCAAACGUAUCUUCCCCAACUCUUUUAUCAUCUGCGAGAAAUCGGCGCUCAACCACUUCGUAUAUCAUUUAAAUGGAUGGUUCGAGCUUUUUCUGGAUACUUAGCUACAGAUCAACUCUUGCUUUUGUGGGAUAGAAUCCUAGGAUACAACUCCCUGGAAAUUCUUGCUGUGCUGGCCGCUGCCGUGUUUGCCUUCAGAGCAGUGAACCUGAUGGAGGUGACAUCAUUGGCUGCAGCUGAAGCAGUUCUGGCUGACCUUUCUACUUUAAAAGUUAUGCCUCUUCUUCAAAUUUUUCUGUUCGCCACUGUCACCUGAUCUUCGAGGUGACUGACACCACAUCUAGUUUUUCAUUAGGAACUAAUCAUGAACUAUGCAAACUCUGCAUACAACCAAAAUUAAACUCUGCAUAUAAGCCAAUAAAGAUCAUGUUCCCUCCUCAGUUAACGCUAAGAAGUUGUUCACUUUUGGAGACAAUAGCCCUCCACACCAAACACUGCAUUUGCAUGCUGAUGAUGGCCAAGAGAGAAGCAACAGACAUCUCUUCUGCUGAACCGAGCAUCCUACCUGCACAGAUCGCUAACUUGUAACGGGCACGCACCAUAUUAUGCAAUAAGAACUCAAGGCACUGUAAUAAACUUCAAGAGGUAACACA